GUUUUUCAAACUCCACAAUGAUUUCUGAUGGUUGGACCUCCUCUUGCGGAGUUUCUGUAACUUCACUGACUUCAGGUUGUGUUACAACCUCCUCAGUGACCUCAGUCUUGUAUGUUUCAGUUACUUCUUCUGAAGGUUUCUCAAACUCCACAACAAUUUCUAAUGGUUGGACAUCCUCCUGUGGAGUUUCUGUAACGUCACUGACUUCAGGUUGUGUUACAAGCUCUUCAGUGAUUUCUGUUUUGUAUGUUUCA